UUUAUACCAAUCCAAACGAAAUGUUGAAAAAAGAAGCAGCACCAAGAAGACUAAGAAGAAAGAAAUGGGAGUUUUGACUGCAUUUUACCCGACCCGAUUCUUCCCGACCAUCAUCAAAAGAGAAACCAAACGAGCCCUAGAUUUUACGUCGCUUUUCGUUGUUGAAAUCGAAAGGCGAAAAUGCCCAAAUCUCGUUUAAAUCUCAGUCUAAUAUUAAUUCGUCUGUUCAUCCUUCAAUUUUCAUCCACUGCAUCAGCAAUCAGGUGACGCAUUACUGCUAGCACCGCUAUUGAUGUGCCUUGGAGGCUGAUUGGGCGGCUAAAUAAGGCUUUUACUGAUUAUGGACUUGAGACUGAAGUUGGGAUGCGGAAGCAUAAGUUUGAAGGUUGAUCGCCGCCGAGGAUGGGGCUGAUGGUGCCAUCCCCUGUGGUGAUUACGAUAAACUGGAAGGAUAUCAGCCUCCAAGACAAUCACAUUUGCAGAACUACAGUUCAAGGAAGAUACUUGCUCUCUGAUGAUAAUGGUCAUGUAUGCAAUGCACUGUCGGUGGAUCCAGAAUCUCGCUGCUGCUCUGGAAAAGGGGAGCAAUUCUCUUGUCAUGGUUGCAACCUUGUUUCACAAUGCUGCAACUCAUAUGAAUUUUGUGUUUCAUGCUGCUUGAAUCCAGAAAGGACACGAAAGGAACUAGCACUGAAGGUGAAGAUAGCUAAGCCAGUAACUGCAGGGACCUAUUCAAGUGUUUUUGAUUUCUGUGCUGGGAGGUGUCGUCAUAAUUCCGAGAGUGUGGUUCAUGAAAAUGCUUACCUUAGCGAUUUCCAUCACUGUUUUUCUCUGCCAUCCAACUCGUCAGGGGCUACUGAUACACUCUUGGAAGCAAGACUAACUGGUGUUAAUGUUAUUAUUGGAAGGCAAGGGGAAUCAUGCAACUCUGUGUGCAAGUCAAGAGGGCAAUCAUGUGUACUAAGCAAACUCUUAGUCCUUAAUCAAUGCGAGAUUAUGCAGAAAUUUUUUAGCUGCAAGGGAGCAUGUUUGGCAAGCAUGGGCGCAGACCAACCUGCCGAAGUUGUUGAUGAUGCUCCAAGAUAUCUGAAUCCAGGAGCAUGCUUGUACACACAAACACAAUCAAUGCUUUCUUGUGAUGGCUUGCAUCAGCAUACAAGGAGGCUUUGUCCAUGUGCAUAGUGAGUUUAGUUAGGGAUGGAAUUCUAUCAACCUCGCUUUCUUCUCAAAUGAAAAUUGUUUGAAAUGAAGGAAAUCCCCUAUUCAUGAGAUUCAUGUCUUAAGAUUAUUGUGCAAUAGUUGUUUAAUGGAGAAGAAAAUAUCACAUGGAUCCAUGUUUGUAUCUAUAUUGUAGAAACUUGUGACAUCUAAUAAAAAAAAUUUCUUACAAGACAGUCUGCACGACUGCAAGAUACCGUGUGAUUAUUAUAUAGGAUUAGAAAAUGUGGGAAUGAUCUCUCUCUCUCUCUCUCAGUUGAAUCAAGGGACAGAUAUUUUGGAAAAUUAUUUGGAAGGCUUGUUUGACCUAAUCUUUGCUGGUCUUGUAUGCA